CUAUUUCUAGUCAUUCUCGCAGCUCUAUCAGCUUCUGAAGAGUACCUUAUCUAGCAAGUGAUAUUACUUCUCGUGCUUUCACUGUUGUCUUGAAUACAACUCCAUAUCAUUGAAUGGCUGUUUGCCAGUGUUUGAUGUAAGGCAUGCUUGCUUGUGAUUCUGCCUUGUGCAUUUUUUAACAGUGGCUGCUCACCAGGAAAAACUGGAAACCUUUAAUUAGUUGGGAAUUUUUUUUUGUGUCUGGGAAAACUACGAGAAAUCUGUGAAUUUUUGAAAGCCAUCGAGCAUUAUUUAUUUGUUUAGUAAGUUAAAAAGAGCUUAGUUGAAAAUAUACACUGUGCCUACAAACUGCAUCACAUUUUGAGCACUGUUUUCUGGCGAACCUUCGCAAUGAAUGUGAGGAAUGCGACGAGUGUUAUGGGUUGCCGGCGAUUAGCUGUUGGGGGAGGAAGCCGCUACUCAAUGUCUUUUCUGUCUUCUCUUCUGGUUUUUUUUUAAUAUAUACUUUUACAUAUGAAGAUUUUAACAUGCUGUAAUAACAAACAGAAGCCACAACCUAAAACUAUUACUUUAAUUUGUUACAUGAAAGACUGUGAGAUCUAUUGUAAAAUAACCAAAAAAUAAGAAAAGAACAUACAUCUGUUUAUUAAGAUUUUACAGUUAUAAGUAGUUUUUAGAUACAUUUGUUCUACAGCCACUAUUAAAGUGAUUUUUAGUGAACAGUAAAAAAAAAAAAAAAAAAAAGGAUGGACUUGUAGGUCACUUUUACAACUAAAAAUGCAUAAUGUGCAGAUAAUUGUGGUUGAAAGGUUCUCUACUAUAAAGUAUUUAAAGCUAGACAUGUUUUUAUAGCACUGAACUGACAAAAGUACUGGUGAGAAUUUUGAUUGUUAAUGUUAUUAUUAUUUUAAUGUUUAAACAGCUUUCAUCCCUGGCAGCUGCUGAAAUAAUUUUAAUUGUGCCAGUUUGGUUUGCAGUAUUAUUUAUACCAAUGAUGUCUCGUAAAAUUUUGUUUUGGAUUGCUACUGUCAUAGUUUAAACAACAUACAAUAACUACUAAAUUAUGUUCAGAAAAUACUUUUAUCGCAGAAGUAAUAGUCUGACAGGAAUACUUUCUAUAUUACGUAUAUUAAAUAUUUGGUAUUUAAUAUUAUGUGGUUAAUUUGGUUUUAGCUCUGAUGCAACCAACAUAAUUACAUACAUAGUUAAGUUUCAUAUAUUUUGAUUAACAUAGUAACAGGUCUUUUCACUGUUUUCUAUACUGUCUUGUAGCAACCCUGUAAUUUUGUGUGCUAAUGUUAUCAAGAAAUCAUUUUUUCAUGUAUACGUACAGAAUUAUUGUUGUGGAAUCUGCAUAUCUGUGAUAUAUACAUCACCAAAAAUUUAUAACUAAGCUAAUAUACUUUUUAUAUUUUAUAAUUUGUUUUGUUAUGAAAAGCUUUUGUGUUGUGUAUCUGACUGAGGUCUAGUCUAAUUAUUUAGAGUAUUUUUUUUUAUACAUCUGAAAGGUGUAACUUUGGUGCAUAUUUAAACAGGUGAUAUAAUGGUAUGUGAUUUUUGCUGCUCUGUAAAAUGUAAUAGAUUAUGUUUUGUGUAAUGCUUCAUUUUAUAUUUUAGUAUUUUAUUACAUUAUUUAGAUUUAAUGAUCAUGUAUUAAAGAAAUUAAUUGCAAAAUGUAUAUUUUCAAAUGUUAUUUUGUAUAACUUGUUUUGUGAGAAAAAUAGUUUCCAUGUACAUCAUAUCUUUGUUUCAUUAGUGAAUUGUGAAGGCACCCAACAUCAAAUUAUAAGUGAAUACAUUCUGUGUGAUUAGAAUACAUACUAUGUGAUAUAAACAUUUCAUUACAUUUUGUUUUGAUGGUAGGUUAUGAGAAUUACGUUAUCUUGUGUUAUAAUAAUUUACCAUUGUAACCUGCACAGCAUUCAUAUUUGCAGGAGUUGUACGAUGUUGUGGCAAUUUCCACUUCAAACUUAAACUGCCUGAAAUAAAUUUUUUUUUGAGCUGAUGUGUUCAGUGUAAAUCCUUACUUUAAAUUUCUCCAAUGUGUAAUAGAAUUAUACUCAUUGGCACUGGACAAGUACUGUAUGUAAUGGAAACACAUAAUUUCAUACAUGUACACCAUUUUUGACUUGUUCAUGGGUUUGUGUAGAUUAACUACAGUGAAACUCGUUUGAAACGAUCCCGCACAAUACGAUUUCCCGUUUUAUACGAUCAAAUGCUUCGGUCCCGCCAUUUUCUCCAUAUGAUGUGGGUUAUUAUUUUCCGUGUAAGACGAUCUUUGUAAAAUUAUUUUCCCAUAUGAAACAAUCUUUUUUUAAGUUUAAAUGCAUUAUUUAUUGGGAAAUCACCGUUAUAUUUUUUAAUUUAAAAAUACGUAAUUGGUUGACAUGUAUAUUCUCUUUAGUACUCGUUUAGUCGUUUCACAUUUUACACGUCGCGUAUAAAAAUUAACAUGUAGCAAGCGCUGGUUGCCAUCGUAGUAGUUUGGUUGAUGCCUGUACAGAGUUUGUGCAUGAAGUUGUAGUAUUACCACCACAGAUUACCGCUAAUUACGUUAGCGCCGUCUUGCACAGGAGUUAAGUUUUUUUUUUUAAUUUUUAUUUUCUUUUUAUUUGAAGGUGAUACAAAAUAUGGUGUUAGUUUCAUAAUAAUGGCGUUAAAUAAGAGUGCAAUCAAACGCAAAGCGUUAUCAUUAAAAGAAAAGCUGGACAUUAUAAGCAAAGUUAAUUCCAAUCCCAAGGUUCCACGAGUGGCGAUCGCUAAGGAGUUGGGAAUACCACCAACACUUAAUACCAUUGUUGCCAAACAAGAAGAAAUACGUUCCGAGGCUGGCAAUAAUUCAUCGACCUGUAAGAAGAGGAAGAGUGGUAAAAUAUGAAGAGAUAGAAAAACAAUUGCUUGAAUGAUUUAAACAACAACGUGCACAAAAUACCAUUUUUACCUGCGUACAGGCCCCCCCCCCCCCCCCUUAUUUUUUUUUCAAUAUUCAACUCCAAAAAAGGGGAGGGGGGCCUAUAUGCAAAAUUGGAGGAAAUUCUUUUUUUCAGGUAUGAAAAACUAAUAUUUUAUAAAAGCAAAAUGAAAUACUGCCAUAACUUAUUUAAACGUCAAUUAAAUUUUGAUUAAAUGAAACAGCUGGCAAGUCGUGCGUCUUUGUCCUAAUGAGGGAGGGUGGGGGAGGCAGCGAGUCCGCAGGGGGGAGAGGCAGAGGCGUGGCUUAACCUCCCUCCUGCUAACUAGCCAGCCAACCAGACAAAGGAGUGUUAGAAAUACCAGUACCUGCUCCACCCACUUCCCUUCCUCCUUCACUUCCCCUCUUCUUCUCCGACAACACUGCACAUCAACACAAGCGCGCGAGUCCAGCUUUCUUUAUCUUUAUGUUGUUUGAGAUACGACUAACUGCGUACAUCUGUCACGCCUCACGACAGUCCUAAUGAGAGUGGACAAACUAUAAUACCAGUCUCUGUAUCACUGCCACUUACAAAAUCACCUCCCGCCGCUCACAAUACAUGGCUUGCUGUUUGAUGCAAGCCAAGCUGCCCUGCCCUCAGAUAAACCCAGAAAAACUCGUUUUUAAAUUUUUUCUCAAAAAUGUUUACAAAACAAGGAGGGGGGGGGGGGGCGAAUACGCAGGCGAGCCCUUUACGCAAGCAAAUACGGUAUCCCAUUGAGUGGUGUGAUUUUAAAAGAAAAAGCAGAACAGAUUGCUUUGACACUUAAUGUUGAGUUUAGAUGCCUGGAAAAUAUUAUUGCCUCAAAUUCUAUCCGAGUAUGAACUGAAGGACAUCUUCAAUGUUGACGAGUUUGGCCUCUUUUUUCAAAUGCUGCCUGACAAAACAUUUGUUUUAAAAGGAGAGGCUUGUCAUGGGGGUAAACAGAGCAAGGAGAGGUUGAGUGUUCUUGUGGGGGCCAACAUGGAUGGGUCCGAGAAGCUUCCACUUUUUGUAAUUGGGAAGGCAAAACAUCCACAAUGUUUUAAAAAUGUGAAAACUUUACCGUGUAGGUACACAAAUAAUAAAACUGCAUGGAUGACUUGCAGCAUCUUUGAACAAUAUUUGAACUCCCUGGAUUGUGUUUAUGGACCAUUGCCCUGCCCAUCCAAAGAAUGUAGCGAACUUGAGGAAUGUGAGGAUACAGUUUCUUCCUGGUAAUUCCACGUCAGUUCUGCAACCCAUAGAUCAGGGUGUGACCAAGGUCCUAAAGCAGUAUUAUCGCAAGAGACUGGUGUGCAGACUAAUAACAAAAAUGAACCACACAACACCCAACUCUCCACCCUACAAAGUGUGUCUAUUAGAUGCACUGCAUUUCCUUGCGGCUUCUUGGAAUUCAUUGGACCCAACCAUCAUUGCCAACUGUUUCAAGAAGGCAAGCUUUGGAGGUGACACUGUAGCUCCAACUGAUAAGGGUGAUGGUGGCAAUGAGGGUGCGUGCAAUAAUGCAUGGAAAAGUUUGCAAAGAAAACUACAAAUCACUUGUAGUUUUGAUGAUUAAAUUGAAGCUGACAGUGGCGUUCUGCCUUGUGAGCCUCAGAGUGCUGAAGCAAUAGCAACAACAGUGAUGUGAUUGUAAAAGAAAGAAGAUGAUGAUGAUGAUGAAGAUGAGGAUGAGGAAAGUGAACCAAGAGCACCAUCAAAACUAACCUGUUCUGAUGCCUUAGUGCAUCUGGAAGGGCUGCAGGACUUGGUUCAAGGAACUGCAAAUGUGCCAGACAACAUUUGGCAAAGUGUCUGGCUCAUUGAAAAUUUCAUAAUGAGCAAACUGAGAAGAACUACAAGCAAACAACACUGGAUCACUUUUUUCAAAAAAUUUAAUUUAGAACAUGUAAUAUUGUACUGUUUUGUGUAAACAUUUAUUAUUCAAUGUAAGUAAAUGCAAGUAGGAAUUAGUUUCACAAAUAGGAAAUUUAAUCUUUGUUUGGUUAUAUAGUCCUAGGCUCUAUUUUUCAUAAGAAAUUGUUACCAUUUGUAAAUUUUUUCAAUUAUACUGAUAGUAAGCUAUGAAAAAGAGAAUAGUUUCCUUUUCCCUUGUAAGAAGUUUCUUCUCGACAGUCCCUUGAAAAAUGUCUUAACAGAGUUUCACUGUAUAAUGGUAAUAACAUUUGCAAAUUUCAGCUGCAUACUUCUUUCAAAGAGUAGGUUAGUUCAGAAUCAUUUUGAAAAGGUGAUCAAUCACAACCAAACAUAUCAUUGUGUAUUUUAUUUGUUCAGUUAAUGCACUCAAUGCAUUUAGAUUGCAAAUGCUAAACAUGUUAUUCAGUGCUGUUGAGUGGUUUCCCAAUUAUUGGAAAUGUGUUCAUAUAAAAAAAGAAAUGUGUAAUGCUUUUCACACAAGAAAAGGGAUUGUCUGAUGUCAUGAACACCAUUGCAUCAUGCUGUGUGGUAAGGUUUAUGAGUUUGACUCCAACUCCCAUCGUGACUCCAAUUGAGCACCAUGUUACUACAUAUGCAGUUCAUAACCCAUUAUAAUAUUGGAGGUCCAAUCACCCUACUGGGACACACAUAUGGUGUACAGAGCUUUAGAAAAAAAUACAUGUGCUUCAAAAAUCGUUCAAGAUAUCUCGUUGGUGUCUGUUUACGAAAAGCAUUUAAGAAUGUGCUGAGGACAAAUGAAUGGUUCUUGUUUUACUUGAGAUCAUAGGUUUUAAGUUGUAGAUAAGCAAGUGCAUGUAGUUAGCACUUAAUAUUCUUUAUUGUCCGUUCACCGUGGUACAUAUACAGGCGCCAUAACCGGAACUGACAUUCACCUGUUAUCAGUGAUGCCAACCAUCACGAGCAAGGCAGAUGUACAACAGUUCUGGUUCCGUAUUUUGUUUUAAGACUAUUUUUAGAAGAGUGAAAAGGCUAAAACGCAUGGUUUUAGAAUAAUUUUUAUGCAUGUAAAAUUUUGUACAGAUUCUUGAAAGCACUCAAAGGGACUUGCAAUACACCUUAUCUUCAUUUCACCACCAUAUAAUGUUAUGAUCAUCACUCAAAUAUUACAGUUGCCCCAUGCACAACAAGAAGACUUACUCUUAGAGGUCAUACUGUGCUAGCAGCACCAGUCUUAUCACUCCCUUUCACUAACACACAUGAGGUGUGAUGAUAAUAUGAAUAAUUUUAAUACAAACAAAGUAAUAAGAUUACAUCAAAUUUGAACUAAUCCCCUUCAAAAUACUUUCCUUGGCUAGCGAUGCACUUAUCCAAUGUUGAUUCCAUGAUCGGAAGCAUUGUGACCCUCUUAAAGUUAGAAACGGUGUCAAAAUGUUUUCCUUUUAGCACAGUUUUUAUUUUUGGGAAGAGCCUUAAGUUGUGUGGUGCUAAUUCCAAAGAGUAAGGUGAAUGUGAACAAACAGGAACCUUUUGUUCUGUCAAAAAUUGUCAGAUCAGAAGUGCAUUAUCAUGAUGAUGGAGGAAGCCCAUUUUACUGGUCUCUUUCUCUGUACAUCAUUUUACAAACUUUGCAGUACACGCUUGUAAUAUUCUAAGUUUACCGUUGUUCCCCUUGGAACAAACUUUAAUCAUGCUGUGCCCUCACUAUUGAAGAAAACAAUGAGCAUGUACUUUUGUCCUUUACAUUAUUUGACUUUGACUGAUAUGACUUCUUAGGAUGAGUUGAGAGCCACUCAUUUUCCAUUGGGUUCAUAGCCAUACACUCAACUUUAAUCUCCAUGUAUAAUUUUGUCCAUGAAGUCCUGAACUGCAUCAAGACGAUCCUUCAAUUCCUUGCAAACUGACUCACAAUUUUCUGUCUGUUCGUCAGUGAAAAUUCUGGGAACAAAUUUGCACUCAUGUCUCAUUUGCAAAUUAUUGGUUAAAAUGCUUUGUGCCGACCCGAACGAGAUGUUCAGUUUUUCUGUAAGCUCUCAAAUAAUCGCCAUCUGAACUAAAUAUUUUUGCCAUUUUUUUUGCACGUUUUUAUCUGUUUUUAAGGUUAAAGGACAUUACAAUUGUUCUUUACCCGACUAAUUUCCACUUUUAAAUCACUUGUAACACUUGUGAACUGUCUUCAGUCACCACAUUAUCACCUAACACAGAUUUUUAACAUUUAAUGAGCUUUAGCACUUUUUUGCAACUUGAAACAAAACCUAAUGUUACAGCAUUGUUCUAAAUCCAUGAUGCGCCAAAGACAUGCAUGGCAAACACGACCUCACUCUUCUGGCUCUGGAAGCAGACUGACAAGUUGCAACUUGUUUAAACUUGACACUUGUUUAAACUAUCUCAACGGAUCAGGCUUAUUACUACAAAAAAAAAAAAGUAGUGUCAGCAGUAGCUGCUAUAAAAAUCCAUUCAACGUAAUUUUUUUUUAUCAUGCCUCAUACACCUCUGACUAAGAGGGCCCUUAAGUUUUUGAACAUAACCAUCCAAUGUAACACCUACUUUUUAAUAUUUUUGUCAUCUAUAAAUGACCAUUUUCUUUUUGUACGUUUUCAGCACUUGAGUAAAUAAAAUACAUACCUGCAUUUCAAUUAUGAUAAUAAGCAUGUGGUAAAAAGUGCUUUUCGCUAUGUUAAAGUAGUGCUCGAUUUAAUUUUUGUUCAUCAUGCAGCAUAUUUGUAAUAUGAAUCAGCUAUUGCUGUGCUUUCAAGAGAAUCAUCAUAAAAGGAUUCUUUGUAUGCAAUUUACAGAGAUUUUAUGUUUUAAUAUUGUUUGGUGCAUAUUAUUUUUAAGUAGGAAGUAUUUUGUAGUACAUGAAUUAAAAGCAGCCAAGAUUUCCAAGUUUUUUCAUUAGGAUCUGAAAUUUUGGUAAAUUGAACUUUUUUUCAUUAUGCUCUUAUUUAUUAUAUGCUGGUACUAUUACUGUAGUCAUUUUUACAAAAAAAAUUACUUAUUGCUGUUGUAAUUUUACAUGCUGAUGUAAAAUCCUCAUUAGUUAAAAAAAAAAAGGUUUGUAGGACUGUUGGCAAGCUGAUGUAGAACUACAAGUAGUCUAGAACGUCUCACUACCAAUGUGGCCACGCAACCAUGAGUUUUUUUAAUAUAGUUUUAUUUUUGAAUUUGUCUGAAUACUUUUCUUCUGUGAUGAAGCUACUAGUGCAUCACUUCAGCAUAAUUAUGGUGGUGUUUGAGCAUAGCUUAUGGGUUUUUACUUGCUCUUUCAGGUGUUGAAAAUGAUGCAAGUGUGAAGGCAGUUUUCUUCCAUUCACGUAGUAACGUAAGUUAAAAGGCAUGUUGGCUCCUGUAUUAUAGAGUGAUGUUUUGAAAUGGGUAUGCCCAUUUUUACACGUUCCUUAACAAUUAACUAGUAUGUGGUCCUGGGAUUUUUCUCCUGGGAAAAAUUUGAUAACCAUAUUGUAAACAUCUUGCGCACAAUUUCACUCAUUAUUCCUGUAAAAUUUACACAAUUUGUACUUUUUUUUCAGGUUUAAUAUUGUAGACCCUUUCAGUUUUAUUAAAGAUGCAUUGUAAUUUUCUUAAUGCACAAGAUUUUUUACUGCUGUUCUGAUAAAUACUUGAUAUAUGGUGCAAGGCUAAACAGAGGAUAGCUUACAACCACCUUAUACACACUCUAUUCUGUUACAUGAAAGCACACAUUUGAUCACUUGCAAUUUGUAGUUCCAUAUCUCUGUACAAUUGAUUUUGUAGGAACAAGUUUUCAUCUAAAAGAAUAGGUGUAUAGUUUAAUAAUCGUACUUUACGUAGAAUGAGCAAUAUUCACUCGAGACAGUUAUUUUAUCAUCUCAAGAGUCACUUGAAAGUAUUCUUGCUUAUCUGUAUCAACCAGCUACACACAUUGAAGGGGGAGAGAGUCACUCUGACAGUUUUUAAGCUAUAACAGAUUUUAUUGUUUAAUAUUGAAACUUAUUCUUUAUUAGGUGUAAAUAUUUUGAGAUUAUAGAAUAGUGUCGUUUGUACCAAUGUCUUCACAGAGAAAAAUACUGUAACAGCCAGUCACUUUUAACUUCAGCCACUCUAAUAAAUAAUGUACAAUGCUUUGAAAAGGCCAAAUAUCCAAUAUUAAAGGAUUAAUAAAAGUUAUGGCCAAAAAAAACUGUUGAAACCUAGGUGACAUCUGUUGGUUCCUCUCUUUCUCCCGUUAAGUAUAAAUGUAUGACUGUUAACUUGUUGAUCUAAAACAAACUUUGUCAACCCCACCAGACUUAUCCACAUCCAGGAAAUGCAAGGGAGUGGCCGGAAGUGGAAUGACUGCACUUGUAUAGAUACUCUAUGGAACUGAGGUGCACUCAUUUGGUAAUGUAAUAUUGUUACAUGUCUUCUUUGUUUCAGUUUCAGAAUUAUUUUGAGUUAUUAAAAAUCAAAAAAGGCUGUGCAAACACUGUAAUUAAUUUGCUAUGAUACUGGUAUUUUAAUUGAAUGCAAAUUUCUAUAAGGUAUUAGUAAUAAUAUUGGGUAACAAGAUAAAACUUUUUUACGGUAGAAGUUUUAUGUAAAAUAAGUUGUUUAUGUUGUAACAAAUCAUUAAAUUGAAAUGUAUUUUUCCCCCCUUUAAAUAAUGGUUAUGUUUGCUUUAUUUUUUGAAAACCAAUUUAAUGGAAUGGUUUUAUAUUAAAUUUUUUAUUAAAGAUGACAAAUGGUGUUAUAAUAGUUUGGUACGAAAUUCACGCUAGAUUGAGAAUGUUAUGUUAUGAUGAAGCUUAUAGUAAUAACUUAGGUAUUUUAAAUUAAAUUUAAACAAUAAUAUUAAAAAUAAUGUUGGUGAAAUUAAUAAGUUUAAGAACUGUACAGUAAAAUUUAUUUUGUUUUGUCUCUUUGUGGUUUCUUUGCAAUUUAUUGUAUGUGUUGAAACAUGCAAAACCUAUCACUUUGUCUUGCUCACUAUUUCCAGCAGGUUGUCAAGUUGUGUACUUUAGCUGAAAAAAUUUCUGUGAUAAAGAAAAUGAUUUUCCACUACGUAUAUAAAUUGUAUUAUUUUCUAGAGCCAAACUUGCGUCACUUGGAGUGCUGUCUGCCGAAGGCUGCAUAUACACCUAUCCCUCACUUAGCACGUCUUCAGAUUGCGCGGAUUCAUUUAGCGCAACGUUAAUAUUACUGCCCCAGUCUUGAAUAUCACAUCUGUAAAUUUCAGUUAACACGAAAUCUCCGCAGGCAAAAAAAAAUGUCUGGCACGAUGCCACAAAGUCUGUUUCAACUUCUGUAAACAACAGAUGUUGUAAUACUACGGUAUUAUCAGACUAACUGAAACUGUUUAUUAUUGUUUUACGUUCGAGGUUAAUACCGCUUCCCGAUACUUUCGGCAGUGUUUUGUUUUGUUCCACGCAUGGCGGCGCGCGCAUCUCGUGCUGUGUCGUCAUGACUACUGCUAAAAUAAAUAAUCGCGCGGCGUUCGGAACAGCUUUAACGAGCCUAUGCUUGAUUGAUAUUGACAUUUCAUUGGCUUCAUUAAAAAGGACGCUAACGUGUCGCGGCCGUGAUUGGCCCUUUUCAAUUAACAAUUUAAUUUCGGCAAGAGAGAAGAAAAAGAGUGGAAAAUGACGCCAUUUAGUGCGUGUGGUAGUGUAUUCCCUCUGGAAAUAUUUCGUUCGUGGCGAUGCUAAUUUCGGCGUUAUUGAUCUGGAAAUUACGUCAAAAUACUGGGCAAUGUUAAUUGACGCCCUGUAAUUGAAUGCAGAAUAAUCGCAUUCAAUUCACGUGAGCGACGAAGUAUUUUACGAACGACAUUAAGCAUCUAUAGUUAAGGUAUGGUCUGCAUCAUCGCUAUAUAUUAAAAUUGGCGUAAAUUUUACCGUCAACAUACGCGAACUAUAAUUAUAUAAACUUUGGAUUAUCAUAAAAUUAGUAGAACAUUGACUUUCGGCGAUUAACAGCAAAUUUACUCACAUUAGCACAAACUAUAUGUACACAAGUCCAGAAGUCUUUUGGUUAGGCGUUUCAUGCUCGAGCAAGCCGGAGCAAAACCCCAAAACUUUUACUCAGUGAACAAUUUCAGGAACUUUAUUUAUUUUGUAUUUUAUUCAAGAGUCAGGUUAUCUACGACAUCCCAUAGACUUUAUUUAAUAUUUGCUUGUUUGGUUAUUAUUUCCAUGACUCGAGGUUUCUCAUUAUGAUUAAAACAAUAAAAUAAGUUUUUUGUGUUAUUUUGUUGUUAAUUCUUGAUGACCUCUGGCGCCCUAGUAUUAAGUCCUGGAAUAACGUUCUGAGUAAUUAAAAAUGGAAAAUCUUAGUUUCAUCACGUACACGUUUGUGUACAGAAGGGAAUAAGAGACACAACAUUUUUUUUUCUGGCGCACGAACUGUGGGGCCGAUAGUGUGCAUAUUUGUAUUGUAUUCUUAUGUUGUAAGUUAUAAGUAAAUAUGGAAACUAGGGGAAGGAGUAGACGUGUCAGUCAGGACAGCUCCAGGGACAGCAGUGUGGAGUCUACUCACUCUGUAGAUGUAUCUGUUCCCACAUCACCUAGCCAAGUACAUAACACAGAUUUUGUUACCCCAGUAACACAUGCUGGAGCGGCUAGAGUAGAUGUGACACCACCCCAAGCUACCACCACACCACACAUUCACUUACCUUUAUUGCCAGCUGCAAUUAGUAAUGAAACAAGUGCUAGCUUGCUCAUCAUGCUGCAAAGCAUGUGGCAAGAGGUGAAAGCUAACCACAAACAACAACAAGCUAGUUUAGAAAAACAGAGUACUAGGCUACAAGAACAGAGUACUAGGCUACAAGAACAGAGUACUAGGCUAGAAGAACAGAAUGCUAGGUUGGAGGAAAAUCUCAAUAGCACUAAAGAUAGCAUUAAACAACAACUGGAAAUCAUAGAUAGCACCCUUAAAAGUGAAAUGGGUGAAGUAAAAAGUAGUGUGGCUGCUAUUUCUGUGCGGUUGGCAGAACACGAAAGCUACACUGAUACACAGUUGCAGCUAAUACAACAGCAGUGCAGUAGUACUACAACUAGGUUAGCAACAGAGUUAAAUACCCAGACCAGCCAGCUGAAUGACAGGUUAAAUCAAUUAGCUGAGCAAGCUGCUCAGAACAGCUGUGGCCUGGAACAAAUUCAAUCCACAUGCCAGACCAUGAUUGAAAAUGUGGUAAUCAAUCACACCACAGACAUGAGGGAGCAUGUGGACACAUUAGUGAAAAGGCAGACAGAGUUUUCAAUGGACAUAGAGCAGCAGGUAGGCAAGCUACAAGAGAAGGUAUUGCAGUUGAGGGUAGACAAUCUUACUCGCACCUCCAGUCACCAUGUAGCAUUGGCCCCAGCCCUGAACACCAAUGCCAAUGAAAUCCUCAGUAGCUGUGAUUCACCGCAAGUUGAGCAACCUGAGCUCCCAAUCACACGCUCCAACCCCGCUAACACACACACCACCUUGGAUCCCGUUGCAGUGAUGCACCACCCGGCACGCCAAUGGUCAGAGGCGAUGCCUAGGUUCUCUGCCCAUGAAGGAGAGAAUCCAAUGAGAUUCAUUCGACGUUUCGAGGAAUACGCUGACAUGUUCAGGCUAAGUGAUACUGAACGCCUGAAAUGCAUGGCAACUGCACUGAGGGACCAUGCGUAUUACUGGUGGGAGGUAUUACAAAGUACCAUCACUUCCUACCAAGAAUUCAAAAGCCAUUUCAAACAGCAGUUUUGGAAUGUGAAAAUACAGGGAACACUGAGGGCACGUCUGCAUACCGAGCGGUAUGAUAGCAAGAAGAACAGAACUCUGGAGACACACUUGUCUCAAAUGUUCGAGAGGACGCGCUACCUCGAACCAGAGAUGGGUGAUAUUGAGUUCAUGGCGAUGGUGACCUCCCAGCUACCCAUCAAGUACCAAGUACAUUUGACAGGGCGUAGCUUCAACAAUAUCACAGAGUUCCGCGAACAGGUCCUCGCUUUCGACCGGCUGGAGCGGCUGUCCAGGAACAACAAUAGUGAGGUGGAGAAAGACCUCAAGCCAGCACAUCAGAAGGCAGCCCCACUCUACACACCCUGGCAGCGUGGUAACGACGGCGGCAAGGCCAACGUCCACUGCACGUCAUGGCAGCCUGCGAAACAGUACCGGACAGGGAAGUGGAAGACCAGGAGGGAAUUCCAACCUCAACAUCAAGGAAACCGCCAGCCGAAGAAACCCUACACCCACAACCAAAACCAGUGGUGGGGAAAGCAUUACCGUCCUGAAGAUCCAAAUGGAAGGCCACCCAGGUGGGAGUACAGGAGUUACUCUAACCGUCAGCCGCCCAACAAUAUGCAACAGCAUAUGUUGCAUCCCCCUGUAGCAGACACCGCUCCUGUGAAUCAAUCACCAGCGAGUUUCUCUACAAUCAACCAUCCUCCAACCACAUCGUAUCCCAUGCAGCGAGGAUAUUUUGCUCGGCAGCAGCCGAUUCCGCCCAACUGCACAGUCACGCAGCCUCAGCAGACUGCGAAUUGCAGCUACUCUCAAGCUGUAAUUGAGGAGCAUCAAAAUAAUUAUGCUCAGUAAGGUUGGAUGUAUUACCACCAACCUUAUACCCGGAAGUAACACACCUGGACAUGACAUGGAGGGGCUAAUAACAGAAAGAGUGAAUAGAAGAAGAAAUAGAAGAACUAGUACGAGACAAGUUAACAAGAGAAGCCGACCUUAGGAAGAAAAGGAAGCCAGCAUCCAGGAUCAGUAAAUUCACUGUAGGAGACUUAGUUCUACGCCGUACAGCACCAACUAGUAACAAGUGGGCUCAUCUAGCGAAGAAACUAUUUUUAUUGUACUCAGGUCCCUACAAAGUAGUAGCUGUGGAGAAAUGUAACUGCUACACUCUAUAGGACCCUGAUACAGGAAAAAUUGUAGGGAAUUACAAUUUGAGUCAGCUUAGGCCUUACAAAACACCUGUGGUGGAUUAGAACACCAAAUAUGUACCAUUAUUACUUGUGUUAUGCUAAAAAAUCAUUGUAUUGUUUAUGUUACUAAGGAAAUUUAAUUAUAUAUAUCCUCGUAAGUUGAUAGAGGUAAUCCAGGUGUAUAGGUACCUCAUUGCUUCGAUAUGGUAAUUUAUAUUCGAAGAAUUAGGGUGUUUGUCAGUUGAUGAUUUUAUUCCAACUGAUAUUUGUGCUUGGAGCAUAUGUGUUGCCUGAGCGUUGGUUUGGUACAUUGUCCUAGAGAGACAUACCAAAUAUUAUGUACUGUGUGUACAGUUACUGUGUUGAGACACAGUUAUUAGCACCCUAUUAGUCGAGUUCGACCAUAUUAGCAAUGAAUAUACACGUGAGGUUUAAAUAAAAUUUGGCAUAAGAUGUGUACAAACACUAUGUGACAUAUUACAAUGUAUAACUAAUGCAACACACAACUAAAUACUACAUAUAAUUAAUGGCCUAAAGAUUAGUUGACAAAUAUCCUACUAAAUGAACACACUUGUUGGUAUGAGUACUUACAGUUUGAUCCAGGCUACUGCCUUGCCCCUACCUAUGCUUCUUCAUCGUCUAGUAGUUAAUGAUGCACUUUAAUUGGGUUCCCACAGGACACCCGAAACUAUAAGUGGAUAUCAACUUCAUCCACACUCUUAUGAAUAGGAUGUAAAAACACUCCACUUUAUAUUGAGAAAAGAAGAAA